GAGAGCGAGCUCGCUCGUGAAAAAGGAUAGAACUCAAUUUUGCACGUUUGUUCCGCAGACGGAAUAAUGCGGUGGUGGCAUUUCACAUUGUUUUGCGCAUGCAGCGCGUCGUUCUGCGAGGCGUCGAGUCCGGAACCGAAAGUAGCGGAAAAGCCGGGCGAAUCGAUUCCCAUCGUCGACGGACACGGUGGCACUAUCGACAUCAAAGUGGACUCCGACGUCCUGAUGCUGACUGAAGACAACUUUGACAUUAUCGUCAAUGCUAAGCCAAUAAUUCUCGUGAACUUCUUCGUGCCUUGGUGUGUUCACUGCCAGAAACUCGCGCCGGAAUACGCGAAAGCCGCGAACCGCCUGAAAGGAAACGAUAAAAUCCCCAGAAUUCCCCUGGCAAAGGUCGAUUGCAACUCUGAAAGUGCACUCGCCAGACGCUUCGGCAUCGCGGGCUACCCGACGCUCCUGAUCUUCCAGAAGGGACAGCAUAAGGAAUACGAGGGUGGUAUGACCUCGGACGCUCUCAUAGAAGAGAUGAGGAAACUCACCGAUCCCGACUACAAACCUCCACCACCUGCGGUGAAAGUGCUGACCUCUCAGAAUUUCACUUCCGUCUUGAGCCGAGUCAAGCUCGCGCUCGUCGAGUUCUACGCGCCUUGGUGUGGGCACUGCAAACAACUGGAGCCGGAGUUGGAACGUGCGGCGCGGAACCUCGAGGAGCGGGUGGAUCCCAUCCCGAUUUAUAAAAUUGACGCCAUCGCCGAAAAGGACAUCGCUAAAGCCCUCGAUAUCCCCGGGUAUCCGACGAUGUUCGUGAUCAGGUACGGCAUCAGAUUCAGAUACGACGGCCCUCGCGAGGACAGCGGUAUCGCAGCGUACAUGAUCCAGCAGGGGAAAUCGCCCAGUGAAUAUCUAGAGAGGCAACCUCAGUUGAAGAAUGAGGUGAAAUGGUCGAGGUUCCCGCUUGUGGUCGGAGCCUUCCAGUCGCUAAAGUCGAAGUUUUUCGAGACUUUCAUCGAGGCAGCGAAUUUCGAACGGGGUAACUUCUCCUUCGUCCACACCGAUAAGUUCGACGUCGUCAAUGCUGUUCUCGGGGUGAAGCAGAUGGAUACAAUUGCUCUACUGCAGCCGGAGUGGCUGCGAUCGCCGUACGAAACUGUUCGUCUCAUAUACACCAACAGCAAGGCUAAAUCGCAAGAUCUUCGUGAUUGGUACCACGCACAUUGCGUCCCGCUCGUCGGACAUCGGACCAAAGAGAAUCUCUGGAUGUACAAUAAGUACCCAAUGGUUGUGGCCUACUACGAUGUCAACUUCUCCCAUGAGUACAGAGCCGAGACUCAAAUUCCUCGGAGACAGAUGCUGUCCGUCGCCAAGGACUUCCGGGAUUACCACCCGGAACACAAACUCGUAUUCGCUAUCUCUGACGAGGACGAUUUCUAUGAAGAGCUGAAAUUGCUGAAAUUAGCCGACAGCCCCACGAUAGUCAAUGUCGGCUUCUAUAUGAGCCCCAAAGAGAGAUACGCGAUGGAGCCCGUUGAGGAUUUUGAUGAUGAUUCGCUGAGGAAGUUCAUCGACGAUGUUUUGGAGAAGAAGUUGAAGCCAAUCAGGAAAUCUCAGCUUGCCCCGAAAAAGCAAAGCGGAGCGGCCCGAAUCGUUGUGGGUUCAUCGUUCGAGAAAGAAAUAAUCAACGAGGACAAGGAUGUUUUCAUUCUAUUCUACGCUCCUGACUGCGGUCACUGCAAGAAUUUCAUGCCCGACUUCAAAAAAAUUGCCAAGAAAUACCAGGAUUCGGACCUGAAAGUCGCCAAGAUCGAUGCUUCGAACAACGAGUUCCCAGAUGAAUUCGUCGUUACAGGCUAUCCAACCUUGUUCUACGUUCCCGCGAAGGACAAGAAGAAUCCCAUCAAAUUCGUCGGAGAACGGAACCUGAGCAAUGUUCUCGAUUUCAUCGAAAAACACAGAGCGCACGGAAAAGGCGAAAAUGCGCCAGAGGGCCAAGAAGUCAGAAAGGACGAAUUGUGAAUGCAAGCCCAAUCCGCUUUAGAGCCAAACUUUCGGAUCUAACAUCGCCGUUUCCC